CCUCAGAUCAUUCAGCAAACUCUUCAAAGGACACUGCAGUAUUUUGAGCAUCAAGUUAUUGGUUACAGAGAUGCAGAGAAGAACUUUCACAAUAUAUCAAACAGAUGCUCCUAUACAGACUGCUCUGGCAAUGAAGAAACUGAAGAUGUCUCAGGAAUUCUUCAGUGUACAGCUAAUGUACUUGGUCUGAAGUUUGAGGAAAUGCAAGAAAAGUUUGGAGAGGAAUUCUUCAAUAUCUGCUUUGAUGAGAACGAGAGAGUCCUUCGAGCUGUAGGUGGGACCCUUCAAGACUUCUUCAAUGGCUUUGAUGCUUUGCUGGAGCACAUUAGAACUUCAUUUGGAAGACAGGCCACCUUGGAAUCCCCUUCUUUCCUAUGCAAAGAGCUCCCUGAAGGCAAUCUUAUGCUUCAUUACUUUCACCCACAUCAGAUUGUGGGAUUUGCAAUGGUGGGAAUGAUAAAGGCAGCAGCAAAGAAGAUUUACCACUUGGAAGUGGAAGUAGAACAGGUCGCUAAUGAUCAGUUGUGUUCAGAGGGGACAAACCCAGGUAACUGCAGCUGUCUGACUUUCCUUAUCAAAGAACGUGAAAAUGCAAAUAUCACAAAAGCACUUCCACCGGGAACUUCACAGUCCCCCUUAGACCUGAGGAUUAGCAUCAGCACCUUCUGCAGAGCUUUCCCCUUCCACUUGAUGUUUGAUCCAAACAUGCUGGUUCUCCAGCUUGGAGAAGGUCUUAGGAAGCAGCUCAGAUGUGACACUCAUAAAACUCUGAAGUUCCAAGACUGCUUCGACAUAGUUUCUCCUAAAAUCAGUGCCACAUUCGAACGAGUUCUCCUGAGAUUAUCUACUCCCUUUGUCAUUCGGACCAAACUUGAGGAUUCUGGCUCUGAAAAUAAAGAUAAG